AUGCUCAAGAGGAUUCUUCUGAAGACGCUGAACAGAUUUCUUGGAAACUAUGUGGAGAACAUAGACAAGCACCAGCUUGAGCUUGGGAUAUUCAAGGGGUAUGUGUCUGUAUCGAACCUAAGGAUCAAGUCUUCUGUCAUUUCAAGGUUGUUUGAUGGCAGGGUUGUGUCCAACCGCAUAGGAACGUUGCGGGUUCUGGUGCCGUGGAAGAGCCUUGCCAGAAAGCCUGUUGAGAUAUAUAUAAGGGAUGUCGACAUCAAGAUUGGAAAGGCCGGGUUUUGUUGGUGUUUUCUUGGGGAGAGUCCAUGCAUGGAGUGUAUUGAAUAUGAGAAGUAUGAGUUCAUGAGCAAGCUUGACAAGCUCAGUUUUCUAUCUGAUGCCCGAGAGGGGGGCUCUGCGUUUUUUGAGGAUCUGAUUAUGGGGGACGGAUUCCGGGUUCUGGUUGAGGACGUGAAUGUGGAGUAUGUGAGUGGAACGUCGAUUGCUCUUAGAGUACAGAGGCUGGAGUUCAACGGAAAGGGCGGCUCGGUGAGGAAUGCGAAGAACCUUGAUAUUACGGGGGUAGAAAUGGCUGUAGCUUCAAAGGUCAUGGGGCCGCUUAACAUCUGCAGCAUAGUAAAGAUGUCACCCAGAGACAUGAAGCCAAGGAUUGAAGUACACCUCGAUGAUUUCCGCCUGGAGAUGAGGCAACAGAUGAUUGAAGAGAUUCUUGUGGGAUUUAAGGAGUAUUCGGAGGACAGAGUACGGUGGACAUUGUUUAGGAGUCAUCCAGAGUACAGAAAGGUAUUGGAGAUGGCUAGGGAGAUGAAUCUUUGGGAAGACCAGAAAGACCCUGCAAGCGUGGAGAGGGCAGAUGUAGUGGAGGUAUGGAAGCAUCUCAUUCAGCUGCAAAAGAAGAUUGGGGAUUCAAAAGGCGUUGCGUUAGAGGAGAUAGCUGGAAUAAUGUCAAGGGCAAGCGAGUACAGAAAAGUCCUGGGGCGUCCGAGCCUGCGUCCUGACGAAGUAGAAAAAAAGAAGAGAUGCGAGAGAGAGAUAUGCCUAGAAAGGCUGCUGAAGAUAAAAAGAAGCUGUGUUUUUGAUUCUGAGAAGAAGUCGUGGAAAAGCUUUCUACUGUUUAUGAAAGAGAGAGCCAGCAAAAAGAAGACGUCCACGGUCGUUCCGAUGGUGUUUAAUGUGAAGCGGGCGGCUUUAACGGUCAUUGACGAGAAGCAUCAGGGAUUCAGGAUUGUCCUUCCUGAAGGAAGGGUCAGUGCUAGGGACCUGCUUUCACCGGCCAGGCUAGACUUCAAGGGAAACGAAUGGAAGAUGUAUUUUGUUGAUACCAGGCUCAAUGAGCACGAGCCUUACAACGAGUUGAUUUCCUUUCUACUGGACGUAAGGGGGACUUUUGCUUAUGAUGGGCCCGGCAUACAUGUCAAGGGACUGGCUGGGGAAUGGAGGGUACUGAACUAUAGAAGAGAGCUUCCACGUUGCUUUGAAGGUCUUAUGAGGAUAGCGGGCAAGUCGUGGGUGCCUUCCUACGGGUCUUUGGCAUGUAGAGGAAAGGUGAGAGCCGAUUUCAAGGCAGACAUGGUUUCUAUGGAAUCUGAUCUAGAAAGGUUUGCUGACAUUAGGCCAUCGGGCAGAUAUGGCGUUGAGUCUAGCGGAGUGGUUCUUUCGUAUGUGAAUGAUGGGAUAAGCAUGAAGAAGGCAGCAUCCCUGACGAUAGCAUCUUCCUUUGUUUACUGGAUCAAUCCCACGUCUGAGAAAAGUGAGGCUCUUUCCAAUAGGAUUGAGACUGCGAUUCUGCUUGUUGAUGGUGUGUUUUACGUGAAGACAUCGAUGGUGGACCUAUAUGCACAUGGCGUGCAUCCUAGCGACUUCGGAGGGGGGGGAACAGUGUUCCCCGCUGGAUUUGUUGUCCCAAACUUCGAGGUGUGUUCGGAUGCGAUAAGGAUCAACGGACCCAACGGCAGGGCCGAGCUCCGGAGGAUCAAGAUGUCUGGUAAUGGCGGAACCAUAUUUGACGUGGAGAUCUUUCGGGGAAAGGUGCUGGACAGGAAUGGCAGAGUUGUGUGCCGUGUCCCCAAGAUGAAAAUGGAAGCCAGGAUUGGAAAGGCUCUGUUCUUGGAUAUCGAGUACCUGAAGGUAUGUGGGGUGGCUAGAAGGAUUGCCAAGCUUGCACGUGAGAUGUCGUGGAUGGCUCAGGGUGGAGGAUCUACUCAGGCCACUUUAAAGGUCGGAAGGGUGGAGGCGAUAUUGAAGCGCAAAGGGUCUAUUCUGAGCAUUAGUGUUGACGAGUACUUUCAGGGCCUGGCCAGAAGUGUGAAGGCCACUCUGAACAAGAGUAUAGUUGAUAUCAAAGACCUUGAGGUGGGAGAAGAGUAUGCAUGCAGAUCUGCAAUGGUGAAAGUACACAAAGAAGACAUCAGAGGCUUAGAUGUGUUUACAAGAAUAUUUGGUGGAGCCGGAGGUGAUAGUGGCAUCUUUAAGGUGUCUGUGGGGGUUCUCCUGAUUAGACCGCGCAAUGGCCUGGAAAUAGAGGCUCGGAACAUACGGGCUUUCAUGAAUGGAGCGGACAUCACGGUUCAUCCUCUUGAAAUCGGAAUCUCGGGCGCGGAUGGUUCUCAUUCUCCAUUGAGCGGUAAGAAAAGAGAGGUGAGGGUUUGUAUCAGCAAAUUCGAGAAGUCGGGCAUUGAAACUGUUGUUGAGGGAAGCAUUGGAGGAGAGAUUGAUGAAGAAAUGAUCGUUGGGAUAAGAGACGAGAUGAUGGGGAUUCCAAUGUCGUCGAAUACACCUACGAAAACCAACAUCUCGUUUGACAUAUCUCUCUAUGUGAUGGCCUCUGGGAAGUCAGUCAGGAUGGAAUGUCCAUUGGUUUUUCGAAAGACGGUGGAUGGAUGGAAUGCCGUGGUGAGAAGGGUAUCUGUUACACUUGGGAAUGGAGAACAUACAGUACUAUCGGGUAUCAACGCUAAAGCAACAGAAGACGUGCUAGGACUUUUUAUUGACAGAAUAGAAAUCUGCCUCGCACCUUCCAUAUUGGCUUUGAUGUUCUAUCCGCUUCUUUGUAGUGAAGGCGACGCAAGAUAUACAAAGAGGAUGAAAGUUGGCAUUGAUGAGAUACUGGUGAGCAUCAAGGACUUGGAUGAAAUGAGAAUAAGAGACGUGAAAUAUGACGAUGAGCUGAGUCUGGAUCUUUCUAUUUUAAGUGGAGCUGGAAGUAAGGUCACAUACAGAAAGGUGAGCAGCAGGAAGGAUGAAUACUUUCUUCUAUCUGUGGCGGGAGGAUGCUAUGAAAUGAAUUCUCUAGCAUCUGUCACUCGCUUCUGCUCCUCUGAAUAUGUGCAGAUAUGCGAGAAGCUUGGGAUUCAGAUAUCUAAAGAGCGGUUCCAUGUGCUGCUUAUGGAUCUUGUGGUGCAGGCAAGGAGCGGCUUGUCCUUCCUCAGAAUCAACCUUCCGGUCGGGCACUUUGACGUCCAAGAGUUGCACUCUCUCAAGGGAAGGCUUCUUUGUUCACUUGAUAUCUACGACCCAAGCGCUAUGAAGGUUGUUCCUGUCGUUGAGGAAAACGUCUUUGUUGUGAAGAAGUAUGGGACUCUUCUAGAUGUUAGAGCACUUGCAAGGUUGAGGAUACUAUACCUGCAGGGGAUUACAGACAUGGUUGCAGGUUUUUUUGGGCCUAGGAAGACGGAGUCAACAGUACCGGUGGAUCCAUUCCACUGUAAGGUUAGGAUAAAAAAUGCCACAGACACGGCGCUACAGAUCAAGACUCAAGGACAGUUUGGAAGCAUAGGGGGAGGAGAGGCCGGCGAGUUCAACAUAAAUUAUGAGGAGCAUGGGAUCUGUGUUGGAAAGGGAGAGACGGGCACCGUCAUCAACAUAGUGGACAGCAGCAUCACUUCAUUUAGAGCUGAGGAGAAAAACCUUAUAGCUGAUGUGCUGUAUGAUGGAAGGACGAGGCUUCUGACCAUUACACAUAAUCUAUCAUUCUUCAAUCUGUGUGAGAUAGAUUUGAUGGGAAGAAUGCACUGUCCCAAUGUGUCUGCAUCAGAAAUGCAAAUUCCCCGGCAUUCCAGUCAUACGAUUCCGCAAGCUUCUACCUUCUUUCUAGAGAUAGGAGUUGAUGGAAAAUAUUCAGGUGUGGGAAGAAUAGAUGCCAAUGCUAUUGAGAAGGGAGCUGUUAGUUCUUUUGGAACGGUGUGUAAGUUGAGCGGGAUAACGAUCGGGGUUGAUGUAGUUGUUAGAGAUGCUGGAGCCAUGGCUUCUGUCGCGAUAAUCUUCUAUCCGACUUUCGAGGUGGUGAACAGGACAACGUCUGUGUUGAACCUGGUUCUUUCGAUUGACAAGGAAGCUGUCCAUAUGAACUCAAAGGGGGUUCUAAGAAAGAACAUUCCGUUCUCGAUCGGAAGAAACUGCAAAGAGGAUGUGUAUGACAUCGACUCUUCUGAGAUCCCUCUGCUUCUGGUGCACAAUCUCAACAACCAGGCUGGGACUAAGGUGUUUCAGAGUAGGGCAUCCAUUCAGAUCUGUCCUGGACAUUCCGGAGAAAUAAGAAAAGAGCAGUGCGAGAUACAGUUGUUUUUUGGGAGGCAUGUUCUUAUGCACAAGGUCAGAAUGGCGAUAUGCCCGCCCAUGAUGAUUGUAAAUCAUCUCAGCGACGACAUUUGGAUCAAUGGGAUCAAAUUCUGUCGGGGAUCUUCAUGUUCCGACAGGCUGAAGAUUAUCCACAGCCUGUGUGUUGGAGAGUAUGGCGCCGAUGGGUCUGUGGUUAUCAGAAAGAAGUCUGUUAGGGUGGUCACUCUCGUGAGAAAGAACUACAGAGCCCACAGAGCUCGGGUUACCCAUGAAGGGAUGGUGUGGACCAACGAGGCCAUAUUUGGUGGUCUUGGACCCAGGGCUGGGGCAUACCCUGACUACAUCCACUUUCUCCUUGAGUUCAAAGGGGACUCAAGCACAAGAAUAGUCGAAUUUAGGUACACUCAUUUCAUUAGAAACCAAACUCGGAUGAGACUUCUGGCCGUAUCUGAGCAGGUGUGCUACUAUGUGGAGGCCGGUGAAGAGGUGCCUUUCAACACGUCUACGAAUGGGUUUUAUCUAUUUAUUGCGGAUUGUCUGGACAUCAGAUCUCUCAGAUCUUGCGGAGUGUUUAUUCCGCUGGACAUCAAGACGACAAAGUACUUCAGACUACAAGGCUCUGAGGCUGUCCUGCUCAGUGUAAGUAGGUCUGUAGACUCUGAGCAGCAUGUGUUUGGCAUAAGGAUGGAGAGCGACUGGCCCUAUAUGAUAUAUAAUGAUACGGACACCAACAUGAAGUUCACACAAGGGCACGAUACUGUUGAGCAUGAUGUGAAGAGAGAAUCUGUGUACAGAUACGCACUGGACAGCCUAGUGUUUGAUCCUGUGAUAUUGCUGCGCGUUGGGGACAGAAGCAUUCAGGUGGAUCUAAAUAGAGAUGGAAGCAUGGUCACCUCUGGAAUUGUAGUAUCGGCAUCCCAGGGCAAGAUUGCAAGAAUUCUUCGGAUAUCCAGAGGAACGAUACCUGAAAGUGAGUCCAGAGCCUACUUGAACAUAGUUGUUGAUGAUCUAGCUGUCUCGCUAGUGGAUAAAGGAGGAGAUGAGAUUCUAUGUGGGCAUCUGAGGGGACUAGAGGUCACGAUAGAACGUAUCUCAAGAGCCAUGCGGGCGCAGAGAGAGAAGCUGGUGACGGAAUAUGCCGAGUGGAUAAUUAGCACGGUUAUCGAAAGUGUGCAGGUGGAUAACCAAAACGUGUUAUGUGUGUUUCCUGUCAUCUUCCAUCCUCUCGACAAGGAUCUGCGAAUAGGAGCGAAAAGAAGAGGCAGCAGGAAAUUCCUUGUCUUCGAGCUUGCUGUUGGAGACUCCACACACCAUGUCUCAGUGUCGAAUGUAUACUGCAGGGUGCAGGACUUUGCACUGAACAUCGAGGAGAGCUUGGCCAAAAAGGUCAGCAAGAUGUUUGAGGUAAAGGAGCAUGCGCCAAGAGGGCAUGGAAGGAAUAUAAGAAUCCAAAACCUGAAGAUGGAGAGGCUGAGAGCAAAAGUCAAUUUUCUCAAAGACGUGGAGUCGGACUUCAUUUCGAGUGUCACGGGGUUCCUCAUAAACAACAUUAGUGACUUUUCGCUGGAGAUGGACGGGAUGAAGGAAUCGUGUUUGUAUACCACAGCCGAGGAGCUUAGGAGUCUUCUGGCAUCCUUCUACCUGUCCCAGUUCAGGAGGAAUCUUUACAAGGUCCUUACCCAUUUUGAUCUCAUUGGAAACAUAGGAAGCUUCACGGAGUCUGUCUCUGUGGGAAUCAAGGAUCUUUUCGUCGAGCCUACUCUUUCGAGGACCAAUGUAGCCCGGGGAAUUGCCAAGGGAGGAAAAAGCUUUCUGAAGAACACUAUCUAUGGUGUUUCAAAUACAGUUGGGAAGUUCUCGAAGAGCAUAGGAACAGGUGCCAGGCUAGUAGGAUGCAAUAUAGAGCUUAGACAUGCAAAGGGCCACCACUCCUAUGCGUGUGACGUGCAUCUCCUUGUGCCGAGGUCCAAGCACUCAAAGGGCUCUGUGGUUUCCAUACUCAGGGGAACUGGGGAUCUCUUUGACUCCAUAACGCGCGGAAUAGCGGGGAUAGCAACGUCUCCCAUUGAAGGGGCGUCACAAGGCGUCACGGGCGUUGUGAAAGGGCUUGGAAAGGGGAUUCUUGGGGCAUUUACAAGGCCGAUUGUGGAGGUUGCAGACCUUGUCACCGGGAUUUCCGACACCAUCAAGGUGUCCAUGGACGGCAGGAUCAAGAGACUUCAGUAUCCAAGACCCAGAGGAUUCGUGGGGUGGUAUGACGAAGGGAUGAGCCAGGGCUUUUACAUAUUCAUGUUCAUUGUCAAGAAGGUAAAUGAAGAGGAGAGGUUUGUAGAUGGAACAUUUGGAAACUUCAACGGAAAGUGCCAUCUUAUUCUGACCACAAAAAGGCUGCUGGUAUCUGAUACUAUCAGCAUUCUCGAUGUGCAGUUAAGAAGCAUAGUGGUUGAAGAAAGCAACCACAAACUUAUGGUUGGAGAACUCUGCAUGUCUGUUGAAAAGCCAUCCUUUGUUGCUUCGGUAAAAUCGGUAGUCGAGGGUGCCCGGCCUGAGAGCAUCUGA